CAGCGCGGUGAUCUGCGGUGGAUCACCGAUCAUGGAAAGAGCCGAAGAUGUCGGCUCAGUCAUGUGAUCAGCUGUGUCCAAUCACAGCUGAUCACCUGGGACAUGUACGCUGGUCAUCAGGGCACUGAUGAUCAGUGUGCCCUGAUGAUCAGUGUAGCCCCAGCAGUGCCACCUGUCAGUGUCCAUCAGUGCCUCGUGCCAGUGCCAGUGCCCAUCAAUGCCACAUAUCAGUGCCUACCAGUGCACAUCAAUGCCACAUAUCAGUGCCCAUCUGAGCUGUCUUACAGUGUCACCCAUCAAUGCCAGUCAGUGCCACGUAUCAAUGCCAAAUAGUGCCACCUAUCAGUGCUGCCAAUCAGUGCCGCCUAUCAGUGCCAGUCAGUG